GCAUUGCCGGCGUAAUGGCAUACCGAAGAUGAAUCGUAAACACUUUCAAGCCACAAAACAGGCAUACGUCAUUUUAUUUUUAGAAAUUACGCCUGGUUAGUGUGGCUUCGAGGCAUAAGAUGAAGGCCAAAGAACGUCACACGUGACCACACUUGCGCAAACGUGCGUAUACUUAGGGGAAUCACCGAACAUUAUUUUGUUUACUGUCUUUCAUCCAGAACGCACGGGAAAAUACGAGGAAGUGUCUUGGUAUAUAUUGGAUAUAAUUUUGUGUAAAUCUCGACUUCUUCUCUAGCUAAUGCCCAAUUAAUAGGAGUUAAUAGCUCUGAUCAAAAAUGAAUAUAUUCAAAUCAAGUAAAAAUGAGGCAAAGCGACACAAGAAACACAGACCAAUUUUUUCAUUCCAUCCCAGCACUUUUGCGUUUGAAAUUGACAACCAAGACGAGAAUUUCAAGAGAGGACUCAGGAGAAAAUCUCUCACAGGGCAAGCUCCUCAUUCCAUAUCGCGACAAAUAUCUGGGGGUAAAGUAAAUAUUCCUGUUGAAAAAUUUGAAGACCCCAUCAGUGAACAAAUACGUGAAACAGAAAGAGUAACAGUUCCUGAAUCUAUCGAAUGUGAAAAUAAUGCCAAGCGGGAUAAACACCCACCUUCUGCACCAAAAAAGAGUCAAACACAACGGCCCAGCACACAAAAACGCAUCCCUAUUCCGGUUCAACAUGAGCCUGGUCCUUAUGGCAAGCUACAUGCUUCACUUCAUGAAGGAACGCAAACUAAUACUAGAAUUUCCACACAGAAAAAUUCCCAUGCUUCUGUUACACCUGUUGCUUCUCAAGGCCUCGGAAAGUUUCCAUAUGAUCCAAAAAAAUACGAGGAACAAAAGUCAGUGAAAGACAAAGUUCCUUCUAACAAUAAGGAUAAUGUUCAAACAGCUGAAAAAGAAAGUAAACACAAUGUUGAAGAAAGCUUAAAGAACUUAGCAAUACAGAAAAAUACCACAAGUGAACAAAAGGAAGAAAAGAGUGCAAAUCAUGCUUUACAACAAGAACAUGAAAUUGAAAUUCUGGAUCAAGAUAAAUUCAUUGCAAAAGAAUAUAAACUUCACAGAUUUCUGAUCAUACCAGAUGGAAAUUGCCUAUAUCGGGCAGUAGCACAAGCUAUAUUAUUAGACCAAAGUCAACAUAUGUUGCUACGGCAAUUGACUGUCGACCACAUUCGUGAACAUCAAGAUGUUUUUGAGAAUAUCAUCGAAGGGAAUGUGGAUGAAUUUCUAAUGACAGCAAUGCUGGAAGGAGAGUGGGCUGGAUAUCCUGAAAUUUUGGCAUUGACUUGCCUACUUGAUAUUAAUAUCAAUAUUACAACAGGUGGAACAAAAAGUAAUCCUACUGUUCAUACAACAUUGCAUUACUUCGAGCCGGAUCAUCAGAAAGAAGCUGAUCAUAAAAAAUUAAAAAAAGAAAAGAGUGAUAAAUACACGGAAAGGCAAUCAAUAUGGCUGUCGUGGCUAAGCAACGGUCAUUAUGACACAUUCACAGAUGCUCAAAUAGAAAAUCCAUGUUAUGAAGAAUGGCUUAAAUCUCGAGAAACUCGGCUAGAAAAUGACGCUGCAAUGGCAAACCAAAUGUAUGAUGCCGAUAUUAACAAACGUGACUAUGAAAAUUUGAUGCGAUACAGACAAUCUGAAGGCUCGAGUUGUCCAGCAUAUUCUAAUACUGCUGGAAAUUCACAGACUCUCCCUUCCACAUCGUACCAAAAUAAUGAUUUUUCAAACAUUGAUCUUUCUAAUAUCAAUAAUGUGCUGACUAAUUCAUUAGACUCGACCUUACCCCCACACAGAUACCCUUCUGCUACCUAUAGUACGAGCCCCAGAAAUGUCAGUCCGAAUAGGAAUGAAGAAGCUCCACCCCCUUAUUCAUCCCUAGGUAUCACAACAGAGCUGGAUGAAGCUAUUGCGAGAUCCCUUCAAGCUGAAGAAGAUGAACACCAAGAUUUCUUAUAUGCUUAAAUUUGUGAAGUACCGGUAUUAACCUGGAUGCAACUUUUGAGGACGAUAUUCUGACAAGAUAACAUAAAUCAAGUUUCUUUAUCACUUUUGGUCGCUUUCAAUUUAUGUCUUUUUGUAAACGAUAAAAUUUUAACAUUUUCAUUUGACGCUCACUCAAGCUAUUCUCAUCGUACCCAGUACAAGCACCUACUGAUAUGUGAAUAGCUACUAUUUUUUCGAUUCGGCUUUGCCUAGCUAAUUUGGUACACCCUUGAUAAGGUGGGCAUUUGAUUUUAAAACUGGAUGCUCAUUUUCCUAAUUAACUUCACAAUUUUGUUUGUUGUUUGGAGAUCUUAUUGUUGUCAAACCUGUGUAAUAUAAACAUGGAGAAUGAAUUGCUGCUGUGCUGUGUGAACAGACACACUGCCGUUUCUUGUUGCAAGACAUUAUUUGGAUUCUGAACCAAUCAUUGUUAUAAAAUACCCGCAUUCAGGUUGUGCCUGUUUCUAUUUGAAUUUCAGUUUCAAUAUCAUAUCAAACAUAAGUGUCACCACUCGAUUUUAUUGCUAGAGUAUAUUUAAUUUAUCACUGUAAUUGUACAAAUAUCCGAAUAUUGUUUAUUAGUGUUUUCACAUUCAUGUGAAUCAGAGGUUCUGGAACUUUUAGUGUUACGGAGACGGAGAAGAGGUUGACUCUUAUUUAACGAGCCCCACAAUAAAUUUAUAAAAACAAGAACAAAAAACACAUUGUUAUUUACCGAUUAAUAUUCCUGAGUAAACUAAAAUUACUUUAUAUAAUGACUCUGAUUAUUUGCUGCUUUGUAUUUAAAAAAUAUUCAGUAUUGCAAUGAGUAAACGAAUAGCCUGUGGAGCGCCUAUGUUUCUCGUACAAAUCCUUGGGGCCCUGUAUGGAUCACCUCGAUUAUAUGAAUCAUUGGCUGUCUAUCGUAUCAAGAUUUGUUGACCAAAUCCACAUGAAAUGGCAAUAAAAUGCAUCUAUAUGAUAUACCGGUAUGUCAUAUAUCAUAAUAUGCUAUAUGACUAAGCCAUCUUAUCGGCUUUUCUCUCACCAGGAUAAAUAUGAAAAAUCCUACGCUUUCUACUCUCUGAUUUGGCAAAGUGUAUUCAAUUCCUUCCACUUCUUGUGAUGUACUUGGAUUAAGCAAACUAUUUAAAACGUUCAUCAUGCAUUCGGUUAUUUUUCCAAACAUUUCCCUUAAAUGAACACAACAUUUAUAUAUUAAAAUUUAAAAUAAGAAUCUAGAAUCUAAAUUUAAAAUACAUCUAGAAAUACAUCAGUAAAACAAUGGCUCAUUAUACUGUGCCUGAUACACAAGUAUGCAUUAUCAUCUGCCUUGAAAUAUAGUGACCUCUGACUCCCGCCCAUUCGUGCCUAAAGGUGAUCUCAAGUCAGCAUUGGUUGGUAUCAUGUGUACCAGUUGUCAUUGUGAUAUAAUAAGGGUACCUUUGACUGUUAAAGCUUCUAUCUGGAAUGGGCUCUGAUAUUCGUGGCAAACAAUAUGGUUGUGAAUGCAAGGCACCGCCCCCUGCAUGCUGUUUUUUAAAUGAUUUAUCAAUUUUGAAUGACACUUUCUCAAAUUUUGAGAACAAGAUAGUUGAAUGUUAUACAUUUAGAUUCUUUUUAUUUCCAUUAUAAUUUGAAUUAUAGUGUAAGUGUAUUAGAUUGCAACAUAAUUUUUAUGAAAUUUCUGUCAUUUUUGUUGCUUACUUUAAAAGCAUGUUUUUAGGUGAUUUUUUGUCACACAAAGCUAUGAGUCGAUAAUCCUGCCUGCUUGUGCACAGCCUUGUUUACAGCAAAAGCCUGAAUACGCCAUGUAAAAUGGUCUAACUUCUUAAAUUUCCUCAAUUUGUAGAAUACGUCCGCUAUAUUUAUUCACUCUGUAACGUCCAAAUUUUUUAGAUUACUCCUUUUUAGAAGAAAUCUAAUGCGGUAUGUGUUACCUGACCUUAAUGUUAAAUUUAGUUUUCAGAAAUGUAUUAUAGCACAGCGUGAGGAAAAGUUAUGACAAAUCUACAAAACCGAUGUGAGAAUUUAAUUUGGGCGAAGCUGUAUAUUUUCAACAUCCAGAACGGCGGGCAAAGAAAAUAGAUGAACUAUUAUUGUGAAAAGAAUUGCUACACGAUCUUACAUUGUCAAAAUGUAUUUUUUCUUAUUAUGCAGUAACAGAUGUAUAUUUGAUUUAUUAGUGUUUUGAAAUUUUCAAUUAUACAACAUAUGAUUCAA